AUGUUGAUUCACGUCGCUUAUCCGGAGUUCAUCCUCGACAGCAAGCAAUUGGACAAUUUCUAUAGCAACUUCUCCGUCGAAGAAACGGAUUCGUACAGUCAGAUGGUAGAGAAGAUGUUACGAUGGGAAUCAGAACGCAACUUCGAGCUCCUCUCUGAACCCGUCGAUCGAGCUGAGACUUUCAUGGAUGCUACAGAUUUCUUCGGCGGUCUUUACGAUCUCCAAGUGAACGGCUUAGGUAAACAUUGA